GAGGUAGUUUGAUAUAAAGCGGUGCUUGGGCGUUCCCCGGGUUCUGUCGUGGCAUACCUUUCCUUGGAGAGCAAUUUGAGGAGGUUGAAGACCAACUCCAAUCAGUCCAAUGGGUCCUCAAGUGUGCCAAGUCUGCAACGAAGCUCAAUCCAAGUACAAGUGCCCCUCUUGCCGAGCACCUUAUUGUUCUGUGCCCUGUUUCAAGAAGCACAAAGAAACCCCGUGCGUCUCGCUCCUGCAUUCAGAGGACAACCCAAAGAGCACAUGUGUUUUGCCAGUGCAAUCUGAGGAAAAACCAAGUGCUGCCCCAGAAUCAGUGGUAGAAAGGCCAGUAACUGUUACUGAACCAAGUGCCGUGCUGAAAAGGGAGCAGUUGGAGGCUAUAGCUUCUUCCAGUGAACUUCGUGAUGCUUUAAAAGAUGAAAGUCUUCAGAAGCUCAUUGAGAGUAUAGAUUGUUCUCCAGAUGCAGAGAAUGAACUUGAUAAAGCUAUGGAUGUGGAGGUGUUUCGGUUAUUUACUGACAAGAUUCUAUCUACCAUCAACCCAUAAUAACAGGCUGUCAUAGACGAGAGCAAGUUUUGAGAGGGACUUGAAACCCGAUUUUAUAGCUCUCUGCCACCCAGAUCUUUGGCUUUACCAACACUAGAGUAAUUGCAUAAGAUUCCAUAGAGUGCUCCAUACAGGUCCUGGUCUUGUAUUUCUGCAUCAUCCAGUCUGGCUGAAAAAUACAAGUAGGGUCUUCAGGCUUGAAUGUAAGGUAUGAUACUAUAAUGUGCAACAGCUUGGCUGGAGGCAUCAUACGAAAAUGCUUACUUAAGAAUCUGCAUCUCUUCUUUACGUGCUACAUUACGAACAGUACAAACGAGAUAGGCUUCAAAAUUGCGUGCAUGAUUAAUAGUUUCUUUUUGUAUCGUAUGUAGUUUUACCUGCUCUUUUUGUUUUUUGUUUUUUUAAGAGUGACAACCUGCCUUUUUAGUCUUG